AUGUCUGACAACGAUGACGAUUACAUGUGUGAAGAGGAGGAGGACUAUGGCUUGGAGUAUUCUGAGGACAGUAACUCAGAACCAGAUGUAGACCUUGAGAACCAAUACUACAACAGUAAAGCUCUAAAAGAAGAUGAACCAGCUGCGGCAUUACUAAGUUUCCAAAAGGUUUUGGAGCUUGAAGGCGGGGAGAAGGGAGAAUGGGGUUUUAAGGCUCUUAAGCAAAUGAUUAAAAUAAAUUUUAAAUUGGGAAAUUUCAUGGAGAUGAUGACAAGAUAUAAACAACUUCUUACAUAUAUUAAGAGUGCAGUUACAAGAAAUCAUUCUGAAAAAUCAAUUAAUUCAAUCCUUGAUUACAUCUCCACCUCUAGAAAUAUGGAGCUUCUUCAAGACUUCUAUGAAACUACUCUUGAAGCAUUAAAGGAUGCAAAAAAUGAUAGGCUUUGGUUUAAAACAAAUACUAAGUUGGGAAAAUUGUAUUAUGACAGAGGAGAUUUUAAUAAAUUAGCUAAGAUUCUUAAGCAACUACAUCAGAGCUGUCAGACAGAUGAUGGUGAGGAUGACCUUAAGAAAGGCACACAACUUUUAGAAAUCUAUGCUUUAGAAAUACAAAUGUACACAGCACAAAAGAAUAAUAAGAAAUUAAAAGCGCUUUAUGAACAAUCACUGCAUAUCAAAUCGGCCAUACCACAUCCACUCAUCAUGGGAGUUAUAAGAGAAUGUGGUGGUAAAAUGCAUCUGCGUGAAGGAGAGUUUGAAAAAGCACAUACAGACUUUUUUGAGGCGUUUAAGAAUUAUGAUGAAUCAGGAAGUCCACGUCGUACAACCUGUCUUAAGUAUUUAGUACUGGCUAACAUGCUUAUGAAAUCUGGCAUUAAUCCAUUUGAUUCUCAAGAAGCAAAACCAUACAAAAAUGAUCCAGAAAUACUCGCAAUGACAAAUUUAGUGAUGGCAUAUCAGAAUAAUGACAUAAAUGAAUUUGAGUCUAUUCUCAAACAUAAUAGAAACAAUAUAAUGGACGAUCCCUUUAUCCGAGAACACAUUGAGGAUCUCUUACGAAACAUCAGAACUCAAGUUUUGAUCAAGCUAAUUGGUCCAUACACUAGGAUUCAUAUUCCUUUUAUAUCUAAAGAAUUAAAUAUUGAUGAGAAAGAGGUGGAGAACCUCCUUGUGACAUGCAUACUUGAUAAUACUAUUAGCGGUCGCAUUGAUCAAGUGAACUCAGUGCUGGAACUAGCAAGUAGUACUCGCGGCGCUGCGCGAUAUUCCGCCCUUGAUAAGUGGACUACGCAACUCUCCGGCCUUCACUUGGCUCUGGCUAACAAGCUCGCUUGA